CUCCAUAACAAGUAAAACGUCAGUCAGAGAGUGCCUCCGUGUGCGAGUGUGAGAGUGCGUGUGUGUGGUGUGUGUAUGUGUGUGUGUGUGUGGUGUGCGAAUGUUGUGUAUGUGAGUGUGUGUGCAUGGGUGCGCGCGGGUGUGUGAGUGCAAGUGCAGGAGCCGCUCUCGGCUCGCCUCCCCACCCCGCGGCACCCUGAACUCAUGAGGCACCGGGAGCCGCGCUCGCUCGCCGCGAAACUCCGAGCCCACUGGCGAGCAGCACCAUUGCAGCAGCAGGCCGCCCGCUGUUUCCCGGGGAGAUCAUGAAACGAGGUCGGCUCCCUAGCAGCAGCGAAGACUCUGAUGACAACGGCAGCCUGUCUACGACCUGGUCCCAGCAGUCCAGAUCACGACACAGGAGAAACUCAUGUUCCAGACAUGAAGACCGAAAGCCCUCUGAGGUGUUCAGGACAGACCUGAUCACAGCGAUGAAGCUUCAUGACUCCUACCAGCUGAACCCAGAUGAAUACUAUGUGUUGGCAGAUCCUUGGAGGCAGGAGUGGGAGAAGGGGGUCCAGGUGCCAGUGAGCCCAGGGACCAUACCAGAACCUGUGGCCAGGGUGAUGUCUGAGGAGAAAGCCCUCAUGUUCAUCAGGCCAAGGAAAUACAUCCUCUCCUCGGGCUCAGAACCACCAGAACUGGGCUAUGUAGACAUCCGUACGUUGGCAGAUAGCGUGUGUCGCUAUGACCUCAAUGACAUGGACACUGCGUGGCUGGAAUUGACCAAUGAGGAGUUCAAGGAGAUGGGAAUGCCCGAGCUGGAUGAGUAUACCAUGGAGAGGGUCCUGGAGGAGUUCGAACAGCGAUGCUACGACAACAUGAACCAUGCCAUUGAGACGGAAGAGGGGCUUGGGAUCGAGUAUGAUGAGGACGUUGUUUGCGACGUCUGCCAGUCUCCGGAUGGGGAAGAUGGCAACGAAAUGGUUUUCUGCGACAAAUGCAACAUCUGCGUGCACCAGGCAUGUUACGGAAUCCUGAAGGUGCCGGAAGGCAGCUGGCUGUGCCGGACAUGUGCUCUGGGGGUGCAACCGAAGUGUCUGCUGUGUCCGAAGAAAGGUGGAGCCAUGAAGCCGACACGCAGUGGAACCAAGUGGGUCCACGUCAGCUGUGCUCUGUGGAUACCAGAGGUGAGCAUUGGCAGCCCGGAGAAGAUGGAGCCCAUCACGAAGGUGUCUCACAUCCCCAGCAGUCGGUGGGCACUGGUGUGCAGCCUCUGUAACGAGAAGAUUGGGGCCUCUAUCCAGUGCUCCGUGAAAAAUUGCCGCACGGCCUUCCAUGUGACCUGUGCUUUUGACCGUGGCCUCGAGAUGAAGACCAUCUUGGCCGAGAACGAUGAAGUCAAGUUCAAGUCGUACUGUCCAAAGCAUAGCUCCAGCAAGAAGUCUGAGGAGGAGAACCUGAGUGAGAGCGCCCCUCCGGAGAACGGGGCCCAGGCCAGCUCCCCGUUGGGUCACCUGGAGCCCUUUGACAGCCUCGAGCAGAAUCAGGCCGAGGCCCACCGGGUGAGCGUCCGGAAACAGAAGCUGCAGCAGCUGGAGGAUGAAUUCUACACGUUCGUCAACCUGCUGGACGUGGCCAGGGCUGUCCGACUGCCUGAGGAGGUGGUAGACUUCCUGUACCAGUACUGGAAAUUAAAGAGGAAGGUGAACUUCAACAAGCCCCUGAUCACCCCCAAGAAGGACGAAGAGGACAAUCUAGCCAAACGGGAGCAGGACGUCUUGUUUCGGAGGCUGCAGCUUUUCACUCACCUCCGGCAAGACUUGGAGAGGGUUCGGAAUCUCACGUACAUGGUGACUCGAAGGGAAAAGAUUAAACGGUCUGUGUGCAAGGUCCAAGAACAGAUAUUCAAUCUUUACACCAAGCUUUUGGAACAAGAAAGACUUUCAGGUGUGCCUUCUUCUUCUUGCUCCUCCUCCUCAUUGGAAAAUAUGCUUUUAUUUAAUAGUCCUUCAGUGGGUCCUGAUGCACCCAAGAUAGAGGACCUAAAGUGGCACUCCGCUUUCUUCAGGAAGCAAAUGGGCACCUCCUUGGUCCACUCCCUGAAAAAGUCUCAUAAGCGGGAGCGGCUGCCAAGUGGCCCUGAGAGUGGAGGCAAAUCCUUGCUAAAGGAGUCAGAUCUCUCAAGUAGAAGAGAGGGGAUGGAUAUACCAGAGACAUUUGUGGAUUUUGAAAAGACCUUUGCAGAAGCACAUAUUAUAUCAGCACAACAGAAGAAUGGUGUGGUACUGUCAGACCACCAGAAGAGAAGAGACAAUCGCUCUCAGUGUGAUUUCAUCAAGGGAGACCUUAAACAUUCAAAACAGACUCACAAGCCUCUGAGACCCACAGACCUGUCUCAGAGGCAAUCAGAAAACAGAAGGGCUGUGAAUCCCACCGGGAUGGGACAGUCAGUGCCGGGCACAAGGAAAGAUUUAGUGCCUAAAUGCAAUGGGUCUCUGGUCAAAAUAAACUGUAACCGGACCACAGUCAAAGUGCCUACCACACCUGCUAGCCCAGUGAAGAACUGGGGGGGAUUCCGAAUUCCAAAGAAGGGAGAGAAGCAGCAGCAGGGAGAGGACCCAGAGGAUGCCUGCCGCCAGCACUCCAACUGCUCCUACUUGGGUGUGAGCAGAGCUUCACCCAAGGAAAGGGCAAAAAGCAAACUAAAGACAGACAGCGAGAAUGAUGGGUACAUCCCUGAUGUGGAGAUGAGCGACUCAGAGAGCGAGGCAUCUGAACAGAAAUGUCGACAGCAGAGGCUUAACGCCAAUGGCACUAUCACCAGGAGGACGGACAUUAUCAGGAGAAGUAUCUUAGCCUCCUGAUGGGGGAACAGCAGGAUUCACGGAGGGCAACAGGGUCGGUAGAGUCACCACCACCUGCUGACGCCCAAAGGGUUGUUGGUUUGUGUGGGAGAGGGGAGUUCUCACUGGAUCAACAAGCUGAUGUCCAGUUAUUCCUGAGCUGUACAAACAUGUUUACUUGCACUUGGGACGACAGGUUUUUUUUUUCCUUCAAAGUCAUUUAUAACUCAUUGUUGUGAGAAGUUUAAAUGUUCUUUAUUUCCAACUCUGUUGAGGAAACACAAGAAUAGAUUUCAUGUGAGACACUGCUACGGAUGGAACCUUGAGUUAAACACUAAAACAAGAAACUUUAGAAAAGGGCAGGGUUUUUCAGUGUUCCCAGUUAGCAAAUAGGCAUUGGCAAGGUUUGACUGUCCUCCCCAUUUUGCCCAAAGCACAAACUCUUGAUUUCCUAUGUGUACAAAAUCAAAACAUAGUCCUUGAAAAAUUGUCACGCACCAUGUAGUAACCCAUUAAACUACUUUUCUUGGAUUAUGAUAGCUCUUGAAGUCAUAUUUAUAGUUUGGCCUACAAGCCUCUUUGUCAUGUUAUAGGACACAACAGCUCUGAACCUUCUGUAACUCUAGGGGAGUUUAUGGAUAAAUAUGCUAGGUGGGGAAAAAUGGAUUUUAACCGAGGCUGUCACUGGAGGAAUCUGAAGGGGCAGGGCAGAAUCGCUGCCACGUGGUGAUUUAAAAUGAAAGAGCAUUGCCGCCUUCAGCCUUUGAUGGGUUAUGGAUUGAAAAUUGACUUAGACUAUCCUGAUCUGGAGAACAAAUCCAAUAGGAUAAUUUUGUGUAGUGUUAGAAAGGGUACUUGAGGUCCAAGUUUUACUCAUUGUCCUCCUGACAUUCCACCUUCCCCACGAUUAUUUAUUUCCCCAAGCUAGGUUGGAAGUCACAUGGCAGUCUAGCUUCCUGCAGGACUUGUACUAAAAUCUGGCAGGAGUGGUGAACUCUAAAAGGCCUGGCAAUCAGGUUUGCACUAAUGGUAUGUGUUGGGGAAUCCAGGCUUCCAACACUAAAGGAUUCCUUUGAAAAUAAUAAUAAUAAAAGACCUAGCUAAAUAGGUUAAAUAUACAUAUCUAUAUUUUUGAAAACAAAAAAUAAAAUAAAAAGGCAAUAAGUUGCAGUUAGCUCUUCAUUCAGACCUAUGCAGGAAAGAGACUGCAUUCUAUCCUGGAAUAGAUUUUGUAGCUGACAAGAGCUGAUACUAAUUCAGAAGUUGGACUUUGUAAUUGCAAAUGGCAAUAACUAGUAAGUAAAUUAUCAGCAAUAAUAAUGAAUUUAACAUUUCAUUUGAGUAAUGUUUUCUUUUUGCACUCAGUACAGUGCAUAUGUAACAAGACAGUGGAUAGUGUUAGGGUCAUGUAAAGUUUCUUUGGAAUUCAAUGUACUCGUAAGUCAAAUUCAGAGAAGGAAAGUUUAAAUAGCAACAAAGCUUAGAAAUAAAUUACGGGCACUUGGAACAAGCCCUGCUUUUUCCCCCACCCCUAAUCCUAGUCACUCCCCCCAAGACGGCUCCUAAGUAUAUCAAUCUCAGUAUUCACAUUUCUAAUUCAUAUACACAGCUGCCUCCAUUGGGCAGGAUGUAAAACUCUGAUAUUUUAAAUGAAUAAUGAUUGAAUUCUGCAGUUAACUUCUAAGUCUUCCAGAUGGUUGUCAACAAAAAAAGGCAUAUUGAAUUACAUCUUGCUAUGCAAGUUAUCAAAUGCAUCCCCGUUGUGUUACAUUUUCAUACUGUCUUAACUUUCCAAGUAUAUUUUAAUAGAUAUUUGGGGAAGGGGGAGCAGGAUGACCUAAAUUUGGAUUGACUUGAAUUGUUCUUGAAAUAUAGGGGCUGAGGGUGGGGGGUGGGAGAAGCUUCCUUUUAACAAACUCAUGUAUUGAUAAGCAUGUUGUUGCAGAGAUCAGAGGGUUUUGGUGAAUUGGCAUUUUCUGUUCACUCUUAGGGUGACUUUAAGCAGGUUGUUUUCUUUUGCAUAUGAACAUAAAACCUAUCCUGGAAAAAGGAGAAGGUAGAUUCUUCAGUUGACUAAACUUUUGACUACAGCAACAUCUCUGGGUGAAGGCUGAAUAUAUAGAGGGAUAAUUUGAAAAGCCAUAGAAAGAAAACCUAAAUUUGAUGCUAGUAAUGACCUCUCACCAUUUUAAGAGGUAUCAGAUUCAUUUGCACUAUUAUGAAUGCUAGUUUUGUGCGGAAAUAAUGCCUUAUCUGUUUUAUUCCCCAUAUUUAGGUUGAAAAGCUUUCAGAUGUUCCCAAGUUAUGCUGAACCAAAAAACUAAAAAAAACAAAAACAAAAAACUAACAAAAAAUUAAAAAAGGAAAAAAAAGGAAAGAAAAAGAAAAACCACAAAAAGCUACCCCAUGCUUUAAAAAAAAAUUCCUGCCCCAAAUUGCAAAAUGGUAUAGAGCACGAUUUUAUAGCAGUAUGAUAAGCUGUGCAAGUUAGUUUCAUGCCAUGCUUGGUACUCUGUUUAGGAAGAAUCCCCAAGUAUCGCAUUGACUAACCCAAAUCAUCCUUCAUGCAUUCUGUUGGUAUAGAACUAUUUAAUGAUGCCCUAUCUUUCCCUUCCCCUCAGCUUUACCUUUCCUCGUGCAUACUGACCAAGAAAUAUCUUUCAUUAUGAUCAGUGUAUUACGUCAAAAUGUAGGCUAGUUAAACUUUUGUAAAGUUGCCUGGAAUGUCAUUUGUUAGGUUAUAAACAAACAAAAUUCUAAAUGAAGGGUUAUAUAUGUCAUGUACAAAACUUAUUUUAAAAUGGACAAAUCUGUCAUUACAUUUGUAACCUUGUACAGAAAAUUUUUCACUAUGUGCCUAGCUUGGUGUCCAUUCAGCUAAAAUUUACAAAAAAAAAGGUGCAUGAAGAGAAAAUCAGAAAUUAAAGUAUAUGUAGAGAUGACUAUUUUAUAUUACAUGGCCCAAUCCUGUAUUUAUUUCUUUUCCCCUAUUCCCCCCUUCCCUUUUGGAAGUAUUUAUAAAACUAGUUGAAAACAGCUGUAUUUUUUUUUGUUGUUGUUGUUGAAAUAUUUAGUAGAAUUGUGCCUUUUUGUCUGUAUGUGAAUAAAUGCUGUACAUUUUG